GUAUGUAAUAUAAUGGACGAUGAUAAUAAACAACACAUAUUGGGAUUUUCAACAAAACAAGCUUUAAUUAGGUUACGGAAUGAUAUAGAAAGUGUGAUAAAUGAACAUAAACAGAAUACUCUUAAAGGAUUCGACUUUAUUCGUAAUAUCAUAUCAUUUUCUUCUGACAAAGUUCUGUUGUCCGGUGUUGCAUAUACUAUUAUCUUAGUUUAUAUAACUUGCUUAAUUUUGACAUAUUUAGUGGGAGAAAGUUUAUUAGCACAAUCUUAUUUACUGUGGGAAGCUUUAUUUCUUUUUAUUAUACUAGUUUUAAAUUUCCUUGUUGCAUUUAAUGAAGAAUAUAUAUACAGAAAUGAAAUUACAUUUCGGGUGUGCAAAGUAUUAAAAACUUUAAAUGAAUCAAUAGAACAAGCAGUGUGGAAAGAGAAUCACUAUCCACAUUUGUGUGCUCCGUUUUCACCAUGUGUUAUCUUACAAUGGACAUACAGAGAUGGAACAAUAGUCAAUUUACCAUGGUCACUCCUUGUAGAGGGAGAUAUAAUUGUUCUAAGACCCGGCCAGGAGAUACCAGGACAUUGCAAAGGCCUACAACCAGGAGAUCCUGAACUUUUCUUUGGACAGAUCUUUCAACUUGGCUCUCAGAGUAAGGAUAGUUUUAGUACACCAAGAAUACGUACACCACAUCAAAAUAAAGCUUACAAAAUGCUAGAAACUCCAUAUUUAAAGAAUUUAAAACUGGCUUUAGAUCAGGCCACAAGUAGACCAGUGACAGUAUUUGAGAAGCAAAGAUAUUUGUGUACAGUAAAAAUAAUGGAAGGCAUAGUGUUGCCACUUGUAAUAUCAAUUAUGGUGGUGGCAAGUUUCUUCCGACAUAUGUACCAUUUGCCCGGCAUCACACACUGGACUGAGAUCUAUUUCCUGCAAACGAUUGCUGCAUCAUUACCACUUCUACAGAUUAUAUUCCCGAUUGCCUGGGUUACUCUUAAUUGUUAUGGUCUAGCAAGGUUUAAAUUAUUAUCUGAAACCCGUCAAAAGUAUGUACGACCGAAGUCGUGUUCAAUAUCCGAAGAUGCUACUGAUCCGCUCAUACAAGCGCUGAGCGAAUCUAACCUCAAACCGGACAGUCUACGUUCGUUAGGGAAAACAUUCUUCAAUAUAUUACUAGGCAGAGAAGAUAUGGUCGCAAGAACUGCUAAUAUAGUUCAUGUGCUCGGAUCUUUAUCGGCUUUAUGUUGUAUAGACAAAAAAGGUAUCCUAUCAUGGCCGAAUCCAACAGCUGAAAAGGUAUUUUUCCUUCGAAAUUCGAGUCCCAUGUCACAAAACUCUAGUAAAACAAGUCUCGUGGGUUCAAUGGAACACCAAAGUGAAACCACAACGGACAUGGGUGACAAUAAACAAAAUCCUGAUGCUUCUACUAUUGUAGAGGUAUUAGACUUAACGCACGAUCAGAACGCUCCAUUCCGCGUUGAGUUCGACGAGCAAAGAUGGCGGACGCACAUAGCGCGGCUCAAACCUCUCGGAUUGGCCGCGCUGCUCAACACGUGCGCACCCGCACCUCGGCACACGUACGCUCACUUCUGCGCACAUCUUACUUGCGAAGCUCAAUACAGCGAAGACCUGGUGCCGGUGACAAACCGCCGUUGCCUUUGCGAGCUUGCUAAACAAAUUGGUUUCACCGACUCCGUUGCUGAAUCUUACCAUGUCCAAGACUGCCUUGCCGUCUUCAGACAUUUGCAAGCUGAUACAAUCAGGCGUGAAACUCGCUUUGUGCGUUCCUUACACCUGAGUACUAAAGUGAAGGUACCAUUGCCGCACAUGUUAGCUGUCAUCGUUAAAGAUCAGGCCAAUCAGUUGCAAAUGUUGACACAGGGUACUGCAGAUAUAAUACUGGACUCGUGCGUGGACUACUGGAACGGUCGGGAUCUAACUCCGAUAUCACCGUCCGAUCGCAAGAAGAUCAUUGACUUCUAUCAGAGGAAUUCACUCACUGCUUACUGCACUGCGUUCGCUUACAAGCCGCUGACUCGCGGUAUUUCGCCGUCUCUGUCUCGUAUGUACCUCGAGCUACCGGCGGACAGUCGGCGGCUGUACGCGCCGCACUCGCAGCAGUGGGCGGACGCUCCCGCUUUACACUUCCACUCCACAGAUUCGCUGUUAUUUAAUGAAAUAACGGAUGACGACGUCAACGAUGCUGAUGGAUUUUUUGACAUGCAAUGCAAUCAGGUGUUCAUAGGCAUGGUGACGAUGCAGUACCAAGCGCAGAGCGACAUGGUGGAGCUGAUCGAGCGUCUGGAGCGCGCGUGCAUCCGCUUCGUGCACUUCAGUAAGGAGAACGAGCUGAGGUCGCGCGUCUUCAGUGAGAAGAUGGGCCUCGAGUCCGGCUGGAAUUGCCACAUCUCACUUAUAAGCGACGACCCCGCCAGCAAGGGGGCGUCGCCGCUGUCGUCGCAAACCUUGCCGGCGGGCAAGGAGCGCGCCAACACCGGCUCGCAACUCGCUAGGGCCAUCAACACUUACGAUGCCGCGCUCGGCUUCUAUAGUAACAACAUGAACACGUCCAAGGCGCUGUCGAUGUCCGCUCCGGGGGCUAUAAACGUGGAACACACAACUGUCAAAUUUGACAACGAGAUCAAAAAGGCCCGGCACUCGAUUACCACGCAUAGCGGCUUCAAGCGUGGAAGUGUGUCAGCGUCCCAGCAGUCGACGGACUCGCUGCUGGACGCAGAGGGCGAGGGCGCGGAGUCGCCGCUGGACGCCUGCCGCUCGCUCUCCUGCCUCACAGACUCCACUGACCACUCCGCACCUGUCAACUUUGAUAUGAGCAACCGCGCGAAAUUGCCGCGCGGCAUCGAGAACAUUCGCCCGCACAUCGAGCAGGUGGACAACGUGCCGCUGCUCGUCUCGCUCUUCACCGACUGCACCUCCAGCUCCGUGCGACAGAUGAUACAGAUCAUGCAGGACUACGGCGAGGUGGUUUGUGUAAUGGGUUCUGCAGCCAACUGCCUCAACAUGGAGAUAUUCAUGCAAGCUGAUGCCAGCAUAGCCGUAGAGCCUCUGUACCCAGUGCUGUGUCAGAAGAUGCCUGCGUACCAGUUACCAGCCACCUGCGUUGGCCCCAUACAGCUUGCACGCGCUCUCAACUCCGUACCAUGCUCGCUAUCGCUUUUAAAUAAAUGGCAAAACCAACCGUUAACUAACUACUACAAUACAAAGAUGACACGCGACGCGGACGUGUCGCUGUUCGCGCUGAUCACGAUGUCGCGCCACUUCAUGACCUGCCUGUGGAACUCCACGCAGUUCUGGAUGUGCAGCGCAUGCUUCAUAUCGCUGCUGCAGGUGGGUUCGUUCUGCUGCUUGAUGCCGCUAGCGCUGAGUACUGGCGGUGCGGCGUUCGCGUCAGGCGCAGUGGCGGUACUGGCGACCGCGCUCGCAUUCCAGCCUGUACGCGCCGCUGUGAUGCAGCGCGCAGCCACACGCCCGCACGCCGACCUCAGUCCUAAGAUGGCACUGUUUGUGUUCUGGUGCUACGCGUGCAAGUUCCUGCCCGCCGCUGUCUCUAUACUGGCUCUCUAUGCGUUCACUUUGCGCAGCUUUUGCCAGCAAAUCGCUGAGGCGACUGGGGUGACAUCAUGCUGGUUAGUGUACCCAGUGAAUGUUGGCAACGUGAGUGUAGAGCGCGAUCUCUCGCGUCGCAGCUGGCACGGCUGGGGAGAUGACUUCUACGACGGCUUCUACCUCGCGCAGCAUCUCACUCUCGCACUACUCACCUUGCAUCUCAUUGUGAUAUCAAUAUCGUUCGUGGAGAGACAGCGCUCCAUCUGGCAGGGCGGCUUCUGGACUAAUAAAGUGUGGCUGGUCUCGGUAUUCCUGCUGGUGGUAGUUCAGGGCGUGUUCAGCUUUGCUUGUGUGGGCGGGUUUGGGGGCGGGGCUGUGGGCGGGGCGUGUGCUCGCUGGGGGCUGUGCGAGCUGCAGUACGUGGUGCGAUGGCCGCUAGCACUCGCGUACAUCGCCUCCCCGCUUGUUGUGCUCCUCCUCAACGAGCUCAUCAAAUGGCAGGAGAUCAAAGCUGACGUGCGCAACCAACGUCGUGCUAGAUUGGACUUCGGCACAAAGUUAGGAAUGAACUCGCCUUUCUGAGACAUAAUCUAGUCAAUUAACUUAUUUUUAAUUCAAUGACAUAUUGUUGUAUAUUUAAGGUAUCUUACAACAGAGACGAAGUAAACGUACUUGAGUGAUAUAACAUUAAUUAUUAAGAAUAAA